UAGAGUAAGAAGAAUCGAGGCCGCAGUAGUAGUGCGCGGCGUUCGUUGCUGUCUCUGCUGGGUCGCAGCCCGUCUCAAGUGCGUGUCAGUGGGGACGAGUCUACCAGUACAGACCCAGGUCGAGACAUUAUUGAGAAGAGCAAGACAAAUGCCACAGAUAGUGGCGGGAAGAGGGCUUGGAGCGGCGGGAAGCAUAGGGUAGUUGUCAGUGAGAUGGAGGUUAAUAGGGAGUCGAAUAGGAAUAGGGAUACGGAUACGCAAAAGAUGAGGUAUAAAGAUAGGAACCACAGGAUACCAACGAGGAAGGGAACGUAUAUGCGCUACACUUCGCUCACAGACGAGCACCAUGGAGGCCCACAGUCUAGCAAUGCCAUUGUCACCACUAGGAGUGCGGGAUAUAACAGGAACGGACAGUUUGAGCAUGCCACACUGGGGGGUACAGGAGGGGACGUGUUACUCAAAAGCUAUUCGAGUUUCGGGCCAAGUGACGAUGAAGAUUUGGCAAGAUACAGCACUCUCCCCG